UAGAAAAACAAAACUACUACUGUAAACUGUAACGCCAGUUUUGAAAUUUGUAAACAAAAGUUAUAAAUUUGGUUAAAUAUGAAAAGAAAUGAUGUGAAAGUAAAGAAAACACUAGUAAGAAAUUGUGAACAGAAAAUUGAACAGAAGAAACACGUCGCACAUGAAGUCGCUAGUACAUCCAAAAUUACCGGGAUUAAUUUACAUGAUACAGAACUGAGUAAACCGACUCUCUGUUCUAGUGAAUUGUUUGCAAACUAUUUAACGAAUGCAAAAAAAGCCGUAGCAUCGAAAGUUCUGGUUUCGAAUUCCAAUAAAAAGGAUGUUAAUGCUACGUUAACAAAGAAACUAAAUUUCCAUUUCAAUGAGAAAAUAUACCGGAACCUCAUAGAAUUGAAUUCGAAUGACAUAGAAACAAGAAAAAACGACAAGAGGCCACCAGCUACAAUAUCUACAAAACGGGAUUUAGAACCAGAUAUUGAAGACUUUUAUGAAAACAACAAGGAGGAUGAUAGUCCGCCACAGAUACAAACAAUUAGGCACAAGUUUAAACCUGUGAAAAAAGUUGAAAUGGGACAGUUACAUAAAUUAGUUAAUAAAUAUGAAAAUUUAUGAUAUUUAAUGAAAUUAUUGUUGUGCAUAAACAAGUCUUGAACACUUCUGAUGUUGCUGCCAUUAGGCUCACACCAAUAUGUGGGUUAUCUGUUAUCACCUGUAUUUAACAGCAAAUGAAAAAUAUAUACAUAAUACAAAAAGGCUUCCCAAAUCUGAAACUGUAAAUACCACCCUAUUAUUAUUACCAAUGUCAGAUAGGUGGUGGAGCUCUAAAACCUAUGACAGCAACCCUCAUAUUUCUGUCGUGACCACCCUAAAACAUUGAAUAUCCUCUAGGUCCGAAUCCAGUGGCCUAAACUGGACUGGGACAGACAUUCUUUAUCUUCUCGGGGCAGAGUAUGGGCUUUCUGACAAAUAUUUGUCUGACCAUAAAAUAAAACAAUGACCAUUUGUAAUUUUUGAAAAUUCCUAUUUUGAAAAACUUCAGAUUGAAGAUGAGACCGAUAUUCCCAAGCAUGUGUUUGUUUUUGACCAUUUGACAUGGGGUGCCAACAGCAUUAAUAAGUUAUAGACAGUCACAAUUUAUAUUGGGUUCACUUUCAGGAUUUUCUGUUAGGGAUCAAUACACUGUAGUUAAUAAAUUUAUCAAGUAUAACAUUAUUUAUUAAUCAUUCUUAUUGUUACUGGUAUUGAAUUCACAGAGAUAUGAAAAAUGAAAUUUUAAAUAUAAUUAACAUUAAAACUUA